ACAAAUGAACAGAUCAUGUGUCCUCCCGUAUUCCAAUCAUGGCCAUUUCCUGAAAAAAUCGUUUGAAACUUUUGCGCAUUUAUUCUGUUGAUUUACGGCUUUUUCAUUAUCGAGAGUUUAUCCUUGCUUUGAGACUUAUGCAUUUUCUACUAUCAGACGCAUGUUUAAAGUUUGCCGCAACUACUUUGAAGAAAAUGGAGAACUGACUGGCUAUGACGUCUUUAACAUUGAAUACAACUCUGACAACAGCAACCCUGUCCGGCAAUGCCACGGAAUCUUUUUCAAACGCAACACCAAUGGCCGGUGUUCCCUCCAACACCAUUACAUUUGUUUCCAUCCUAUAUAACUUAACAAUCACAAUUCCAAGUGCAGCAAACACUACAAUGUCGGACUACUCGGACUCUGAGUACUAUAAAAACGAUGAUUACAGUGAUUCGAAGAUUGAUUCACAUGGUAGCAACAAAACAGACUACUACUACGAUCAUUACAGUUACUAUGACUACGAUUACAACACUUCACUUGACUAUUCACAAUACUUCGACGAAAAUCAAAAGGUGGUUACGCAAGGAGAUUACAGUUACAAAGGGUUUCCCUUUGAAAAACCUAUCUAUCUGUACGUUUGGCCGAUAUUAGUGUUUUUCACGACGAUAUUAAACAUAUUUGUGGUGUUGGUUCUCACCGGAAAACGUAUGAGGAACGCUACAAACGUCAUAUUAAUUGUCGUUGCCGUUACCGAUUCUCUUACGGGUUUAAUCACCGUACCUAUGUAUAUCCGUGUGUACUCAGAAAGCUCCGAUGGAACUCUUCAUCUCUCCAAAGUGUGGUGUGAAGCAUUUAUGGUGAUCAAGUUCUUCGUUGGCAGAUCAUUUCACACGAUGUCAAUUUGGCUAACAGUACUCCUCGGAUUUCAAAGAUUCGUCUCCGUUACGUUUCCAUUUCGAGCAAACACUAUGUUCUCUGUUUCCAACACGAUAGUUUAUAUCUUGUUCGUGUUAAUCGCUUCUCCGCUCGUCCAUAUUUAUCAUGCCUUUGACAGCAAGACAAAUAUCCCGGGUUCCUGUCAAUGGGAAAUAAGCAAAGAUUGUAACGGGGGAUGCGCAUAUGUUUGGAUAAUGUUUCUGCUGAUGAACUUCAUUCCUUGUGUUUGUCUGGUGACAUUCUCUGUCAUCAUGAUUAUUACGAUGAACAUGGCCACAAAGAAAAUGAAGCAAACCCAGAUGAUUUCAAAUGCUGAGAAACUGCAUAAGCGUGCGUUGGAAAGUCGGAGAAUCUCUUUGAUAGUUAUGGCAGUAGUCGUGGUCUUUCUUGUACCCGAAAUACCCCAUGCUGUCUUCUUGCUGGUCUUCAUACUGAAACACCACACUGGACACCAAAUGCCAUUGGUGACCAACAGGGCUUUGGUUUGUGCCUACGAGGUUAUUGUCGUUCUUAGCUUCCAUGCAAACUUCUGGAUAUAUCUUAUCAUGAAUCGGAAAUUCAGAAACGGACUCAACAGAAUACUUGUAGACCCUGCGUAUUCAGUUCUCGCCAAGUUUGGUGUCUAUCGCAAUCUUAGACGCAAGUCGAGCUGUACAUCCAUUCGAACCCAACAAUCGGAGAUAAAUACGCAUACGUUCGUUUCAAAAACCCGCAGUAACUCAUUCCGAAGGCAGUCGUCGCUUUCUGAGAGAAGACCAUCACGAAGCUCUUCUUCACACAGAGGAUCGCUGCAUCUUGAAAUGAAAAUGUACACCUUCAAAAACCCUCAGGACUUGGAAACCUAAGGACUACGUUUAAUUUAUAUACACUGAAAAUAGAUUACUCCUCGGGAGGUCUUUUUGCGCGAAUUUUAGUUUUUUUUGCUCUAUGUAUAAGGUUAACAUUAGUAUAAUUCGCUACGGAUUAAAUUCGCGGCCUAAUUGAUUUGGGAAAAAUCACGAACAUUAAACGCCUGCGAACAAGAACAAAUCUACAAUAGUGUUUCUUUGUAGUGUGAUUUUCAUGUCAUGUAUUUUCUUCUUUAUACCUAGUAAUGAUUUAUAGCAUUUUUCAUUUCUAAAGUGAACUUAAACUUUGCCGUUUAAAUGUAAAAAUAAAAUCAAAAGAUUGUUCGAGUUAGUAAUAAGCUUGCUUUAACAUUUUAAAUUUUAGAACCAAUCUUUGUUAUACAUAGUUUAAAAUGAUGUUUGUUUUUAUUUGAUCAAAAUAACAGCAUGUUUUGUUUACAUAGAUCCCGGAAACGUUGUAAUUUUCUUUCAAAGCAAAUUUUACUAUUGUCAUCAAUAUUAAAAACAUUAAUAAUAAAGAAAUAACCCUGAAUGUAUUAUGUACUCUUUAUAAAUCACACAAGGCUCAUACUCAUCCAGUAGCAUUAUAUUUUAUUUUACUCAUCUUAUUUCUACAUGGUGAAUAAGAUGAUUGUCCUCCGAAUGAUACUCUCCUUUCUUUCCUAAAUAUGUGUGUACAUAGCAUGUAUUCCUAGUCUGUUUGUGUGUUUUUGUCCUUAUUUUGUGUAAACACUCACUUUGUUUGUAAGAUAAUAAAGUCAUAAACAUUAAA